GUUCGAGGGGCACCGUAUUUUAGGGCGCCACCUUUUUCCCUGCCUUGCUGGGGACGACUACAGUACCCAGAACGCUCCGCGUCGCCUCUUGGGUGUUGUUGCCCCUUUCCCGGUGCAGGACGCGGUAGUGGCCAGCCAGCGAGUGUCAGGCCUGGGGUUUUCUGUGUCCUUCCCUGGGUCAGGGACAAGCCAGUGAUUUGACUCUUGGGCGCUCAACCUGGGAGGGAGCACAGGAGGCCGCUAUCCCUCCUUUCCGGUUCACGUCACCCUUCUCUCCCUCUCCUGCUCCACCUGCAGCCACUUAGACAGCUCUGGGACUGACUGCCUGGGGCAGUGAGUGGCAGUGGCGGUCGAGGCCGCCGGGGCCGAGGUGAGGCUGCAGCUCUCCGGGCCGCGGUAGCGCUGGGAAGGAGGAGGAGAGAAGAUGGCGUCGGAGCUGGAGCCAGAGGUGCAGGCCAUCGACCGGAGUUUGCUGGAAUGUUCGGCCGAGGAGACUGCGGGGAAAUGGCUGCAAGCAACUGACCUCACUAGAGAAGUGUACCAGCAUUUAGCCCAUUCUGUACCCAAAAUCUACUGCAGGGGUCCCAACCCUUUUCCACAGAAAGAAGACAUGCUGGCACAGCAUGUUUUGUUGGGACCGAUGGAAUGGUACCUUUGCGGUGAAGAUCCUGCAUUUGGAUUUCCAAAACUUGAACAAGCAAACAAACCUUCUCAUCUUUGUGGUCGUGUUUUUAAAGUAGGAGAGCCUACAUACUCUUGCAGAGACUGUGCAGUUGAUCCAACUUGUGUUUUGUGCAUGGAGUGCUUUUUGGGAAGUAUUCACAGAGAUCAUCGAUAUAGGAUGACAACAUCAGGAGGUGGAGGUUUCUGUGACUGUGGUGAUGCUGAAGCUUGGAAAGAGGGUCCUUACUGUCAGAAACAUGAACUUAACACCUCUGAAAUUGAGGAAGAAGAGGAUCCUCUUGUUCAUUUAUCAGAAGAUGUGAUAGCAAGAACUUACAACAUUUUUGCUAUUAUGUUUCGGUAUGCAGUGGAGAUAUUAACCUGGGAAAAAGAAAGUGAAUUGCCAGCAGAUUUAGAGAUGGUAGAGAAGAGUGACACCUACUAUUGCAUGCUGUUUAAUGAUGAGGUUCAUACCUAUGAACAAGUUAUUUAUACUCUUCAGAAAGCUGUUAACUGUACACAAAAAGAAGCUAUUGGUUUUGCAACUACGGUAGAUCGAGAUGGCCGUAGGUCUGUUAGAUAUGGAGACUUCCAGUAUUGUGAGCAAGCAAAAUCAGUAAUUGUGAGAAAUACCAGUAGACAGACAAAGCCACUCAAAGUUCAAGUUAUGCAUUCGUCUAUCGUCGCACAUCAGAAUUUCGGUUUGAAACUUUUGUCUUGGCUGGGAAGUAUUAUUGGAUAUUCAGAUGGCCUUCGCCGAAUUUUAUGUCAAGUUGGUUUACAAGAAGGGCCAGAUGGUGAAAAUUCUUCUCUAGUGGACAGACUGAUGCUUAGUGACUCCAAAUUAUGGAAAGGUGCUAGGAGUGUAUAUCAUCAGUUGUUCAUGAGCAGUCUGCUUAUGGAUUUGAAAUACAAGAAGCUGUUUGCUGUUCGAUUUGCAAAAAAUUACCAGCAGUUGCAGAGAGAUUUUAUGGAGGAUGAUCACGAACGAGCAGUGUCGGUGACUGCUCUGUCUGUCCAGUUCUUCACCGCACCUACUCUGGCUCGAAUGCUCAUCACAGAAGAAAACCUGAUGACCAUUAUCAUUAAGACUUUUAUGGAUCAUUUGAGACAUCGAGAUGCCCAGGGCAGAUUUCAGUUUGAACGAUAUACUGCUUUACAAGCCUUCAAAUUUAGGAGAGUUCAGAGCCUUAUUUUAGAUCUCAAGUAUGUGUUAAUUAGCAAACCAACUGAAUGGUCAGAUGAGCUGAGGCAGAAGUUCCUAGAAGGGUUUGAUGCCUUUUUGGAAUUACUAAAAUGUAUGCAGGGAAUGGAUCCAAUUACACGUCAAGUAGGACAACAUAUUGAAAUGGAACCAGAGUGGGAAGCAGCCUUCACACUGCAAAUGAAACUAACACACGUCAUUUCAAUGAUGCAAGACUGGUGUGCUUCAGAUGAAAAAGUGUUAAUUGAAGCUUACAAGAAAUGUCUUGCUGUGCUGAUGCAGUGUCAUGGUGGUUAUACUGAUGGUGAACAGCCAAUCACGCUAAGCAUUUGUGGACAUUCAGUGGAAACUAUCAGAUACUGUGUUUCCCAAGAGAAAGUUAGCAUUCACCUCCCAGUUUCUCGCUUACUUGCAGGUUUACAUGUAUUAUUAAGCAAAAGUGAAGUGGCAUAUAAAUUCCCAGAGCUCCUACCUCUAAGUGAACUUAGCCCACCCAUGUUGAUAGAAUACCCUCUUAGAUGUCUCGUUUUAUGUGCCCAAGUACACGCCGGAAUGUGGAGAAGAAAUGGGUUCUCUCUAGUAAACCAGAUUUAUUACUACCAUAAUGUGAAAUGCAGACGUGAGAUGUUUGACAAGGAUAUAGUAAUGCUUCAGACAGGUGUCUCCAUGAUGGAUCCAAAUCAUUUCCUGAUGAUCAUGCUCAGCCGCUUUGAACUUUAUCAGAUUUUCAGUACUCCAGACUAUGGAAAAAGAUUUAGUUCUGAGAUUACCCAUAAGGAUGUUGUUCAGCAGAACAAUACUCUAAUAGAAGAAAUGCUAUACCUCAUUAUAAUGCUCGUUGGAGAGAGGUUUAGUCCUGGAGUUGGACAGGUAAACGCUACAGAUGAAAUCAAGCGAGAGAUUAUCCAUCAGUUGAGUAUCAAGCCUAUGGCUCAUAGUGAGCUGGUAAAGUCUUUACCAGAAGAUGAGAACAAGGAGACUGGCAUGGAGAGUGUAAUAGAAGCAGUUGCCCAUUUCAAGAAACCUGGAUUAACAGGACGAGGCAUGUAUGAACUGAAACCAGAGUGUGCCAAAGAGUUCAACUUGUAUUUCUAUCACUUUUCAAGGGCGGAACAGUCCAAGGCAGAAGAAGCUCAACGGAAAUUAAAAAGACAAAAUAGAGAAGAUACAGCUCUUCCGCCUCCAGUUUUGCCUCCAUUCUGCCCUCUGUUUGCAAGCCUGGUUAACAUUUUGCAGUCAGAUGUCAUGUUGUGCAUCAUGGGAACAAUUCUGCAAUGGGCUGUGGAACAUAAUGGAUAUGCCUGGUCAGAGUCCAUGCUGCAAAGGGUAUUACAUUUAAUUGGAAUGGCACUACAAGAAGAAAAACAACAUUUAGAGAAUGUCACCGAAGAGCAUGUAGUAACAUUUGCCUUCACUCAGAAGAUAUCAAAACCUGGUGAAGCGCCCAAAAACUCUCCUAGCAUACUGGCUAUGCUAGAAACACUACAAAAUGCCCCCUACCUAGAAAUCCACAAAGACAUGAUUCGGUGGAUAUUAAAGACUUUUAAUGCUAUUAAAAAGAUGAGGGAGAGUUCACCUACCAGUCCCAUGGCAGAAACAGAAGGAACCAUAAUGGAAGAGAGUUCAAGAGACAAAGAUAAAGCUGAGAGGAAGAGAAAAGCUGAGAUCGCCAGAUUGCGCAGAGAAAAGAUCAUGGCUCAGAUGUCUGAAAUGCAGCGGCAUUUUAUUGAUGAAAACAAAGAACUCUUUCAGCAGACAUUAGAACUGGAUGCCUCAACCUCUGCUGUUCUUGAUAAUAGCCCUGUGGUUUCAGAUAUGACACUUACAGCCCUGGGCCCCACACAAACUCAGGUUCCUGAACAAAGACAAUUUGUUACAUGUAUAUUGUGUCAAGAAGAACAAGAAGUUAAAGUGGAAAGCAGGGCGAUGGUCUUGGCAGCAUUUGUUCAGAGAUCAACUGUAUUAUCAAAAAACAGAAGUAAAUUCAUUCAAGAUCCAGAAAAAUAUGAUCCAUUAUUCAUGCACCCUGACUUGUCUUGUGGAACACACACUAGUAGCUGUGGGCACAUUAUGCAUGCCCAUUGUUGGCAAAGGUAUUUUGAUUCCGUUCAAGCUAAAGAACAGCGAAGGCAACAGAGAUUACGCUUACAUACAAGCUAUGACGUAGAAAACGGAGAAUUCCUUUGCCCCCUUUGUGAAUGCUUGAGUAAUACUGUUAUUCCUCUGCUGCUUCCUCCGAGAAAUAUUUUUAACAACAGGUUAAAUUUUUCAGACCAACCAAAUCUGACUCAGUGGAUUAGAACAAUAUCUCAGCAAAUAAAAGCAUUACAGUUUCUUAGGAAAGAAGAAAGUACUCCUAAUAAUGCCUCUUCAAAGAAUUCAGAAAAUAUGGAUGAAUUACAGCUCCCUGAAGGGUUCAGGCCUGAUUUUCAUCCUAAGAACCCUUAUUCUGAGAGCAUAAAAGAAAUGCUAACGACAUUUGGAACUGCUACAUACAAGGUGGGACUAAAGGUUCAUCCCAAUGAGGAGGAUCCUCGUGUUCCCAUAAUGUGUUGGGGUAGCUGUGCAUACACCAUCCAAAGCAUAGAAAGAAUUCUGAGUGAUGAAGAUAAACCAUUGUUUGGUCCUUUACCUUGCAGACUGGAUGACUGUCUUAGGUCACUGACGAGAUUCGCAGCAGCACACUGGACAGUGGCAUCGCUUUCAGUGGUGCAGGGACAUUUUUGUAAACUUUUUGCAUCAUUGGUGCCUAAUGACGGCCAUGAAGACCUUCCAUGCAUAUUAGAUAUUGACAUGUUUCAUUUAUUGGUGGGCUUGGUGCUUGCGUUCCCUGCGUUGCAGUGUCAGGAUUUUUCAGGGAUCAGCCUUGGUACUGGAGACCUUCACAUUUUCCAUCUGGUUACUAUGGCACACAUCAUACAGAUCUUACUUACCUCAUGUACAGAAGAGAAUGGCAUGGAUCAAGAAAAUCCCACUUGUGAAGAAGAAUCAGCAGUUCUUGCUUUGUAUAAAGCACUUCACCAGUAUACGGGAAGUGCCUUGAAAGAAAUACCAUCGGGCUGGCAUCUGUGGAGGAGUGUCAGAGCUGGAAUCAUGCCUUUCCUGAAGUGUUCUGCUUUGUUUUUUCAUUACUUAAAUGGAGUUCCUUCCCCACCCGAUAUUCAAGUUCCUGGAACAAGCCAUUUUGAACAUUUAUGUAACUAUCUUUCCCUACCAAGCAACCUCAUUUGCCUUUUUCAAGAAAAUAGUGAGAUAAUGAAUUCACUGAUUGAAAGUUGGUGUCAUAACAGUGAAGUUAAAAGAUAUCUAGAAGGUGAAAGAGAUGCUAUAAGAUAUCCAAGAGAAUCUAACAAAUUAAUAAACCUUCCAGAGGAUUACAGCAGCCUCAUUAAUCAAGCAUCCAAUUUCUCGUGCCCCAAAUCAGGUGGUGAUAAGAGCAGAGCCCCAACUCUGUGCCUUGUGUGUGGAUCACUGCUGUGCUCCCAGAGUUACUGCUGCCAGACUGAACUGGAAGGGGAGGAUGUAGGAGCCUGCACAGCUCACACCUACUCCUGCGGCUCUGGAGUGGGCAUCUUCUUGAGAGUACGGGAAUGUCAGGUGCUAUUUUUAGCUGGCAAAACCAAAGGCUGUUUUUAUUCUCCUCCUUACCUUGAUGACUAUGGGGAGACCGACCAGGGACUCAGACGGGGAAAUCCUUUACAUUUAUGCAACGAGCGAUUCAAGAAGAUUCAGAAGCUCUGGCACCAACACAGUGUCACCGAGGAAAUUGGACGCGCACAGGAAGCCAAUCAGACACUGGCUGGCAUUGACUGGCAACAUUUAUAAUUAUUGCACCACCAAAAAACACAAUCUUGGAAUUUUUUUUAACCCAGUUGGCUUUUUAAGAAAGAAGGUCUGGCCGGGCGUAGAGGCUCACACCUGUAAUCCCAGCCCUUUGGGAGGCCAAGGCGGGCGGAUCACGAGGUGUCAGGAGUUCGAGACCAGCCUGACCAACAUGGUGAAACCCCGUCUCUAGUAAAAAUACAAAAAUAAACUGGGCGUGGGGGUGUGUGCCUGUAAUCCCAGCUACGCAGGAGCCUGAGGCCGGAGAAUCCCUUGAACCCGGGAGGCAGAGGUUGCAGUGAGCCAAGGUUGCGACACUGCACUCCAGCCUGGGCGACAGAACGAGACUCUGUCAAAAAACAAAAAAAAGUUCUGCCGAAUUUGGAAAUAAACUCUUUAUUUAAACUUUCCUUCACAGUUUUAUAGUUUCUAGCUCUGAGGACUGAUGAAAAUCAUCUUCCAUCAGCAGAUUUUCUUGCACUGUUUACUGUGCCCCGCAAACAUAACGUCUCGGGUUUUAAGAUCGAGCGAGGAGCUUCUCUUCCUAGAUUGGAUCCCAGCCCCUUUAUGGGCAUCUGACUGCGUAGUCCCAGCCAUUCUGUGAUAUUUCACGUUACUGAUAAUGGUGAACUGUGGGUCUGAAGCUGAUUCAACAGAGGCAGGAAGCAAAGUCUCUAGGGUCGUACUUCCUGGUUCCUCUCAGUGACUCAACUCUGGGACUGGGUUGGUGUCCCCUCUGCGGACAGGACCCUAACCCCUAGGAGCAUAGUGGUUGAUUUUCAAGGCAGUGCUCCCAUCUCUCCAUUGACUGUGAGAGCUGGGGAACACUCAUGCAGAAGCAGCCUGUGGGGAGAAGUGGCUUCCUAGUGUGCUGGCUGAUUUUUCAGGGCUGUUGAAUUUUUUUUUUCUUUUCUUUUUUUUUUUUUUAUGGCAAGACUUUUGGCUUUGAGGAAAAAAAAAAAAAAAAAACCUCAAAGGGCUUUCCAAAAACUUAGGACAGUCUAAAAAAUUAGGAUAUUCUUCUAGAAUUAGUAAGAAAAAUUAGGAUAAUGUGGAUUUAAAAAAUAGGAUAUUCUUUUAGAAUAUCCUAAUGCCUAGAUGAGAGGCCUUCAUUCAUAAGAUCUGGUUGUUUGGGCUGUGGUUGGCAUAGUUAAUGUUUAUUUUGGCCUCUGUCACAUCCAGUUCCUUUAGAUUUUAAGGUAAGCUGCUUUGGCUUUCUUUCAGAUGUUCGCCAAGCUGAAGUCAUAGUAGCAGGAUAUUCUAAAAGAGUAUUCUAAUUUCCUAACCAUGUUCUUUUCGAAUAUCCUAAUGUUUCAGACAGUACUUUUCUCUUGUUAUUUCUAAGGCUAAAUUGGCAGAGUAUAUCAUCUAAAGUCAAACACCAAAAAAGGUGAGAACCCACUCCCACCCAGCCAGCAUUUCCUGGAACAGAAACUGCUGCUUCCUUGCUGGCUCACUUAGUGCAUUGCUGGGAUGCUCUAUGCACCCAGGCUUUUGAUUCUUUUUGAACAUUGUUUUUACUGAGGUGCCUUCCUAGAACAAUAGCCACUUACAAAAUAGCUUGUAAUUAUUAUGUACCACACAGCUACUACCAUUUGAUAUAUGACUUCUGAGAGCUUGAAUACAUGCAGAGUGAAGACUUAGUGAGGAAUAAAUUCUGAGCCUAAGAUGGGACUAAGGAACAAAUGAGUAAUUAGAGGCUCUUAGAUUUUAUAACCAAUGCAAGUGACUCUUUCAAUCAGUUUUCUCUGAAUUACAUCUACAGGUUUUGUUCCACUCAGCUACCAGCUAGGCAUGCUCCACAGUAAAGCAGGAAGGUCAGAAAUCUAGACCCGAGGCUAAAAUAAGUGAGGAUAUAGAAGCCACAUCCCCCUCCAAGGUAGUGUGUGAAGGAACUUUCCCCACUCGAGAGGAGGAUGACAGUCACCAUUCUUGCUUGGGACUGACACCCAGCUGAGAGGAGGACCAGUAGGAAGAAAAUUCACAUUUGAAAAAGGUGGCUCUCCCCCUUUUUCUGGCCUUCAUACAUAAGAUCUGGUUGUUUAGGCUGUAGGUGGCAUAAUGUUUAUUUUGGCCUCUGUCACAUCCAGUUUCUUUAGCUUUUAAGGUAAGCUUCUUUUGGCUUUUUUUCAUGUGUUCACCAAGCUUAAAUUUAAAAUAAUAAGAUCAGGUUUCUCUCUAUAUAAGUGGAUUAUAAACAUUUUCACCACAUCAUAGCAAUACUCCAGCUUUCCGGCCCGACUUCACAGAAACCUGGAGUUAGCAGAGGCUGUCUCUGGAUUUCAUUCUCUGAGAAUAUCCGAGAGCCUAGGAGAGGAUGAAUUUCAUGAAAUAGCAACACACACAUUGUUUUAUUUUCUGGUGUUAAGCUAGUUGGUCUUUCCUACCUAACAAAUCAUGUCAGUUUUAUGAUUUGUUCCGCAUGUUUUGUGUUUAUGUUAGAAAUGUUUAUAUAACAUGCUUUCCAUAUCAGGGAAAAUCAUCUGUUUAAUAAAUUGGCUAUAACUUUAAUAUCUGUGGACAACUUGUAAAAUUUGGAAUGUAUCAUAUGUAAAAAGUUUAAAGAUAUCCAAAUAAAUGCUUUAGGUGUUGGCAUUA